GGUCGAGAAGCAGAUAGAUGAUGACGUAACCGGAAGUUGUUAGCUAAAAUAAUUUGAGUAGCAAGCGGAGCAUCUUUGAUAGCAAUUUAGUCAAGCUUGUGCGUCUUAAAUUAACAAUGAAAUUUAGAGGAGGAGAAUUCGUCGAUCGGAUUAAGGGCAGUUUCAUGUGAUGAGCGCCGUGCCAUGCAGAGGAGACACAGUAGCAACACGGAUGGGAUGCCCGCAGAAAGGAGCCGUAGCCAAACUCUGGGAUCAGAGAGCAGUUUGGACGAGGGUGGGAGCGUGUUUGACUGCUUGAAGCCCGAGUCCCCCGCAUUGCCCCAACAAAUAUUUUCAGGCUUGGUGGGCGUCCCGUCCAGCGCUGUUUCCUCUGCCCAGUUCCAGGCGGCCAGCUUGGUGCUGGGCUCGCCUCCAGACGUCUUCAUCCACAUGACAACGUCGUCCCGAGAAGAAGGCGGCACCCGUCGCCCGGACAGCGGACCCUUCCUGGCUCGCCAGCCCCACCAUAAUCACCACCCUCACCGCCACAAUUUCCACCACCCGCCCUUGCAGCACAGGACCUCCUCCCUCCUCCAGCAGGCCACUGCAGCGGCAGCCGGCUCAGACAGGCACAACCAUGGCCCCCGGGAGGAGGUUGGCCUGGAGGAGCCAUCCACGCCGGCACCCGCCCUCUCUGAGCUAAAGGCUGUUGUCACGUGGCUGCAGAGGGGUUUCCCGUUCAUCCUUAUCCUGCUGGCAAAAGUCUGCUUCCAGCAUAAACUUGGUAUCGCAGUUUGCGUGGGGAUGGCCAGCACCUUUGCCUAUGCCAACACCACUUUCAAGCACCAGGUUUCGCUGCGGGAGGAGCGAUCAGUGCUGGUGGCCCUGUGGAUCACGCUCUUUCUAUCAGCCAAUGUGGCAUAUAUUUAUUAUGCCUUCAGCCAGGAGGAGCUCUACAACAGCCUCAUGUUUUCCAAGCCCAACCUAGAUGGUUUUGACUUCUUUGACCUCAUGUGGGCAGUGGGAAUCACCGACUUUGUACUCAAGUUUGUCACCAUUGGGCUGAAAUGCUUUGUUCUCUUUUUACCUGGAAUUCUCUUGGCCUUCAAGUCCAGGGGCAAGUUUUACUUGCUGAUCGAGGAGCUGAGUCAGCUGUUUCGUGCACUGGUUCCCAUCCAGUUGUGGUACAGGUACAUUAUGCCAGAAGAGCCCACGGCCAGCUACUUUCUGGGAGCCACGCUCAUUAUCAUCUACAGCCUCUGCAAGGUGCCUUGUUUUAGUCAUUUGACAUCUGCGGCCGUGCGUCGACCCUCCGCAGGGCGCUGGUCCUGCUUUGUUGUUCUCAGAGUUAUGGCGUGCGGGCCGGCAGCCAGCAAUGCAGUGAGGCCGGUGACAUCUGCGCCAUUUGCCAGGCGGAUUUCCGUGAGCCUGUGGCCCUCUUGUGUCAGCAUGUUUUCUGCGAGGAGUGCCUGAAUUCCUGGUUGGACCGGGAGAGAGCGUGCCCACUGUGUCGUGCCACCGUUGUGGAGACCGUCCGAUGCUGGAAGGAUGGCACGACCUCCGCUCACUUCCAAAUUUACUAACCCAGCACAAUGAUUAAACACUCAUUGGAAAAAAGUCCAAAUAGUAUCUCAAAAAAGUUGUAAUACACCUCACAAUGUGACGACAAUCACAACGUUAGAUAAGAAAUCAACAAGACAAUAGUCGUGAUGUAACAAGAAUUAAGUCAGAAUUUUCAAAAAGAAAAAACUGUUAUCACGUUAAAAUAAUGAAAUUGUCAUAUUACAAACAAAGUCAUAAAACAUUGCUUGAAAGUGUAAUUUUAUGGGACCAAAGUUGGACAAAUCAGUGAAAAAAAUUGAAGUUUAAAAGAAUACAUUUUUAAUAUUGAGCAAAAAAGGGGGAAUAUUAAUGAUUAAAGCUAUAAUGUUGUGAGACUAAAGUCCUGUGGUAUAAAAAUAAAGUUGUCAUAUUAAUGUCAUAAUUUAUGAGGACAUAGUGGUAAUGUGAAAAACAGCCACGAUGUUACAAGGAUGUAGUUGAAGCCAUGCAAGAAAGAAGUUAUUUUAUGUGAGUUGGCAAAAUGCGGAAGUGCUCAAGUUCAGAAAAUAAAGCAGGAACAUUAUAUUAAAUUUGUGCAAAAAAAAAAUUGUGGUAAGGUGAGGAUGAAGUCAUGAUAUUACGCUUUAAUAUCUUAAUGUUCUGAAAGUUUUAAUUUUAUGAGACUUAAAGUUACUAUAUUGUAUCAAACCAACUUUUUGUAGUAUUUGUGAUGUAAUAUUGUCACUUUGGUGUCAAAAUAAAUCCAACGUAGCUGUCAGAGGCGCCUUUUAUGGACUUUUAUAGGACAAAACGAAGGUGUCUUUUGAAAUGAUAUUGACACUUUUAUACUAAGUCCAUGUUAGAGAUUCACUCUGCGGAGGUCUAAAUAGAGCUCGUACACCAAGGUCAACAAAUCACGUCACUGGCCGAAGUGCCGGUCAAACAAAGCAUUGUUCAAUGCUAAUUCCGUUGAGACGAAACAAAAAUAUAUCUUACAGCACGACGCCCAGAGUUUUGUCAGAAACCGUUAAACAUUUAGAAGGUGAUAAUAAAUGAAACACUGGGCAGAGAGGACCCAUAUUUAAUGCCAAAGUCGAUGUUUUCACUGAUAAGAAAGUGGACUGUUAUCCCGCUUCUGCUUGUCUUGGACAACUGGAUCUACACAUGGUCUGGUGGUUAUCUGGUGAGUAAAUCGUAGAGAUUUACACAGAAAACUUUGAAAGCGUAUAAAGGUCUGAACACUUAUAAAUUCUUAGUUGCUGGAUCUGUUCUCAAUCAGGAAUAAAUCCCACAUAGUGAUGGACCCACUCAGAUUUUUUCAAUACGAAUCCCAAUAUUUCAAUUAAUGACCCCUGGUUUUACACAAACCGCAUUCAUUAACUAUGAUUGGGGAAAAAAAAAAAAGAGAACGGGCAGUCGUCUCCUCCACAUGGAAGUGCAUUGCGACCACACCGCUAAACCUCUUUGCGACAGACAUUUUAUUUUCUAUUUUUAAAUACCGAUUGUUCUCAACUGAGUCAAUUUGGGAUAAUAAAUAUUUAUUGGUAAUUUGAGAUUGAGAAUAAUAAUUCCUUUCUUCCGGAGCGAUCCCGAGGCGUGAGCAAGCCAGCCGAAAGACAUAGCCUCUCCAGCGUGUCCUGGGUUGUCCUCGGGGUCUCUUUCCAGUGGGACAUGCCCGGAACACCUCACCAGGGAGGCGUCUGGGAGGUAUCCGAAUCAGAUGCCCAAGUCACCUCAUCUGGCUCCUCUCAAUGCGGAGGAACAGCGGCUUGACACUGAGCCUCUCCCAGAUGACUGAGCUUCUCACCCUAUCUCUAAGGGAGAGCCCAGACACCCUGAUGAUGAAACUCAUUUCAUUUGCUUGUAUCUGGGAUCUUGUUCUUUAGGUUACGACCCACAGCUCGUGCCCAUAGGGUGAGGGUAGGAACAUAGAUCGAUGGGUAAAUUGAGAGCUUCGCCUUUUGACUUAGCUCCCUUUUUACCACAACGGACCGAUACAAAGUCUGCAUCACUGCAGACGCUGCUCUGAUCUGUCUGGUGAUCUCCUGCUCCAAUCUUCCCUCACUCGUGUACAAGACCCCAAGAUAUUUGAACUCUUCCAUUUUAGGCAGGAUCUUAUCCCCGACCCGGAGAGGGCACGCCACCCAUUUCCGACUGAGGACCAUGGUUUCAGAUAUUUGCAGGCGCUGAUUGUCAUCCUAGCCGCUUCACACUCAGCUGCGAACCGCUCCAGUGAGAGCUAGAGAUUACGGCUUGAUGAAGCCAACAGAACCACAUUAUCUGUAAAGUGUAGAGAUGCGAUGCUGAGGCCACCAAACUGAACACACUCUAUGCCUCGGCUGCGGCUACAGAUUCGGUCCAUAAAGGUUAUGAACAAAAUCGGUGACAAAAGAGAGCCUUGGCGGAGUCCAUCUCUCACCGGAAACGAGUCCAACUUAUUGCCAGCAAUGCGGACCAAACUGACAGCGGUUGUACAGGGACCGAACAGCUCUUAUCAGGGAACCCCCCACACGACUCCCUGAGGGACACGGUCAAACGUCUUCUCAAAGUCCACAAAACAUGUAUACUGGUUAGGCGAACUCCCAUGCACCCUCGAGGAUCCUGCCGAGGUUGUAGAGCUGGUCCACUGUUCCACGGCUAGAACGAAAACAACAUUGCUCCUCCUGAAUCCGAGAUUCGACUUCCCGACAGACCCUCCUCUCAAGUACCCCUGAAUAGACCUUACCAGGGAGGCUGAGGAGUGUGAAUCCCCCUGUAGUUGGAACACACCUUCCGGUCACCCUUCUUAAAAAGUGGGACCGCCAACCCAGUCUGCCAAUCCAGAGGCAUUGUCCCCGAUGUCCAUGCGAUGUUACGGAGACGUGUUAACCAGGACUGCCCAACAACGUCCAGUGCCUUUAGGAACUCCAGGCAAAUCUCAUCCACCCCGGGGCCCUUCCACCAAGGAGCUUUUUAAACACCUUGGUGACCUCAACCCCAGAGACAGAAGAGCCUGCCUCAAAGCAUCUCAUGGGUGAGAUUAGUGAGAUGGCACCAUCCAACCCAUUUAAUUGUUGAAAUUUAUCGAUCUUUUCUGAUCUUUUCACCUUGUAUGCUAUAGAAUGAUCUCUUUGAAGAUCUGUCUCAUCUCAUUGUGACAACCAGUAGCACAACAGGUCUCGGGCAUUGUAAAUAUUCUUCUGUGGUUCAAUGUCUCCCACAAUGUCGAGCAACUCUGUUUGACUGGCAAUA